GAAUUCUUGAUUUAACUAGUCAAUCGAGCUCUAACAUUCUAGCUCUUCUUGUUGCGUGUGACGAAUUAAUGCUUGAAAAAUUGGUUGAUCAUGUCCAAAAGCAUCUCAUUAAUCGAGAAUCAUCCUGGUUACAAAAAAAUUUCAUUUUCGCUUUGCAUACAGUUUUGAAGCUCCAAAGUUGCAAAGCAGUCCAAGAAUAUAUCAUUAUGAUAAUCUGUGAAGAUCCUAAACCUUUUUUUGAAUUAAAGGAUUUUCCAACUUUGGAUAAAGAUAUUCUUUUAAGUCUUGUCAAGAGAAACGAUCUGGGUAUUGAGGAAAUUGAUCUUUGGAACUAUUUGGUGAAAUGGGGAUCAGCUCAAAUCAUUACUUCUAAAGCAAAAUCUAAGGAUGUCACUAAAUGGGAUGAGAAAGAUUUUGCAUUAUUAAAAAAAUCUUUGGAUCAGUUUAUGCCACAUAUUCGAUUUCAUGAAAUAUCCAGCAGAGAAGUUUAUUAUCACGUUAGACCUUAUAAAAAAGCGAUACCGGAAAAUAUUUAUGAAGAUUUAGUGGCUUAUCUCAUGGCUAACGUAACUCCCAAAGUUCCUAAGUUACCUCCACGUUAUG